AUGAUCUUCUCAAAGGAGUUUUACCAAAGAUCCACCCGAGCAACACUCUGUUGGAGUUGGAUAUUUCCUACACAGGAAUCUCCGGUGAGCUGCCUGAUUCCAUUGGCAAUCUUACACAAAUUAGGUGAAAUUCCCAAUAUUUUUUCUAACCUCAGAGAGCUACGUUAUUUAUAUCUUUAUAGAAAUAGUUUCAUCGGUUCGUUUCCUUCUACAAUUGUAAGCUUGACACAUCUUCAAGAGUUAGACUUGUCAAGUAAUUCCCUAUCUGGCCCACUGCCUAAUAAUUUUAGCAUGCUUCAAAGGCUAACCCAACUGGAAUUGUCGUACAACGCACUGAAUGGUACCAUACCAUCUUCGGUCUUUAGCCUCCCUUUGCUAUCUUCAUUGUCGCUCCAACAUAAUCAAUUUAGUGGACUACCCGAUGAGUUCAAAACAAACCCAACAUUAGAACACCUAGAUUUAAGCCAUAAUCAACUCAGUGGUUCUUUUCCUCAGUCACUUGCGAGUCUCACAAACCUUUCUACCCUCAUCCUUUCAUCAAAUAACAUCACCGUCGAUGAGGGAAUACAAAUCACUUUUCCUAGCCUAGAAGAUUUGCGGUUAUCAUCUUGUGAACUGAAGGAUUUUCCACACUUCUUGACAAAUGUAAAGAAACUUCAUGUCUUGGAUAUUUCUAACAAUAAGAUUCAUGGCCAAAUCCCAAACUGGUUUAGCGGCAUAAGGUGGGACGACUUGUACUACCUGAAUCUUUCGCAUAAUUCUUUAACAGGCCACCUACAACAAUUUCAUUUCCAUAAUCUAUGGUAUCUUGAUCUUAAAUUUAACUCCCUUCAGGGUCCACUACCUUCAUCCAUUUGUAACAUGAACAAUCUUCAAUUUCUAGAUUUAUCACGCAACGACUUCAGUAACUCGAUUCCAAGUUGCUUGGGAAGCAUGUCUAGUCUAACAGUGUUGAACUUAAGAAGGAACAAUUUCACUGGGAGUCUUCCAUCGUUAUGUGCGCAGAGCACUUCAUUGAGAACCAUUGUCUUGAAUGGUAAUCAAUUUAAAGGAACUCUCCCUGUGUCGUUGCUCAACUGUAGUGAUUUAGAAGUUCUUGAUAUGGGGAAUAACGCUAUAAAUGACACAUUUCCAGCUUGGCUAGGAACACUUCAACAACUGCAGGUCUUAAUAUUAAAGUCCAAUUGUGUUCCAUGGACCAAUUAGUACUUGUCAGACUACGUUUUGCUUUCCCAAGUUGCGAAUUUUUGAUCUUUCGCGUAACAAAUUCAGUGGCUCACUCCCUGCAAAAGUUUUUGGAAACUUCAAGGC